GACAGAGCAAGGUCCCCUGCAUGUCAAAAUGCAAGGAUCGUCAACCGUUUUGCACAACGAUCACAGUCACGAAAUGAAGAUUUCUCUUCCAUCGAACAAAACAUUACUCCGGUUAACAUGUACCCACGCCGUUGAAGUGGACGCCAACGAUUCCCGUUGAACGAUAGCUCAGUCGUUAGCUCAACCAUCCUAGUCUCGAUCCUUCAACAGCAUCACGCCCUGUAACCGAAGCGCCCACCCACGAGGGAUUUGAAUGAACCCCAGAUCCUUUCCCUUGGGUAACAAGCCGUUCCCCGCAACCCGGCAAUUCGCCUCCCCCAACCUAUUCAUUUCGCCCUUCUCCUCCACAAUCUCUCUUUUUUCGACAUGACCUCCAGUGUAACAGAGACUACAACACCAUGAGCAGGCAUGGCAUCGUCCUCGGACGCAGCCCUCACGUUAGCAUCGACUGCUAUAUGCGUCGCUCUCAUAGUAGCUAGGUGUUUUUACCGCCUCAUAUUCCGCUGCCACAUCCACACGACCUGCCACCGACGAUGGCGCAUCGACGACUUUUACAUGACAAUCGCGGUGCUGCCGCUUAUUGGGCGCGCUGUCUGUAUACUCCUCUCGUUCACGCUGAAUCCGGACCAUACGUACGAUCCUGCGACGGAGGCGGAGGCGCAGACUUGGGGACAGAGUGUGGAGAGUAUUGAUGGGGAUAGAGAGCUUUCACAUAAGCUUCUCAUACCCGCGCGGAUAUUCUACGCCAUGUUUCUGUGGUGUUUGAAGUUGGGGCUAUUGGCCUUUUAUUCACGCUUCAUUGAUGUGUUUCGCUGGGGCAAACUCGUCACGGAUGCGCUUUGGUGGUUCAUCAUCGCCACGUUCAUCGCGGUCUUUAUAACAAUCCUCGCCGAAUGUCGCCCUCUAUCACUAAUGUGGGCACUUAAUUACGAUGAUACGAAAGUCGCAUGCAAUCGCGCCGUCGGCAACCUGAUAUUAAUGGCGGUUUGCAACAUAAUAAUAAACAUUGCGCUCAUAAUCCUUCCGUUUCCGAUGCUUCGACAUCUCCGGCUCGAUAUCAAGGAGAAAGUACAGCUUGGCUUCUUGUUCAGCGUUGGCGCUGUGUUGGUAGCCAUUACGAUCCUCCGCCUCCCUCUCAUCCUCAACGAGUCCGUUUCUCAACGAUCCCGAUCGAUGUGGGCGUCAAUUGAGAUUCUCUGCGCAUGCAUCGUCUCCAACACUCCCUUCUUCUACGCUCUCGUCAAAGACAUGAAACGACAGCACGACGACCGACCCGAACGAUCACCGUCGAACGCUACAAAUCCAGGGGACCUUGACUUUUACGAUCUACAGAGCCUACCGUCCUCAGCGGGUGUGCAGGUGCCUGUGAGGUCAUCGCCUGAGACGUCGAAAUGUACAAUACGGUAUUUGGAGAAUGUUUGAGGAGCAAUGUUGGAAAGCGCUGAUGGUGGGAUAGUUAGUUAAUGAUACCCAAUAUGAAGAGUUAUGUUUAUGAGGCUUUAUUUGCGCAAUUCUUGCUAUUGUUGUCUCAUUCUCUUGAAUUGAGGAUCGGUCGAGCGGAUGCAGUGAUCCGACCGGACGGCGCGGAACCAACGGCCAAACUGCAUUGUCGCAUGUUGCGUGGUGAACCGCGUAUAUCUUGUUGGUGAAAAUGAAUAUCAAUAGAUCAAUUGCGUCUUAAAUAUGAAUUAACAUAUGAUUAGAUAGACUUUAAUUUAAUUUAGACCA